AUGUAUAAGUUUCUACUGAUUUUUCUGAUAUUGGCACGUUCUGGAGACUUGUCAAUUCUGUCGUUUCAUCGGAAUUUGUUGGGAGAAGGAUCUGAAGAAUGCUUUGAGAAAUUUUUCGUGGCAGUGAUCAAUGAGAAGUAUGAGUGUUCAAAAGAGUAUGACUUUAUGAAGAAAGAUCCUGCAAUAAAACACACGGCUUAUACCGAUGGACAAUCCUGUGUCCUUGAAAUUUUCAAAGAAGAAUGCCCUGAAGAUCGCGCUGUAUUCCUCAAAGAAAACUAUGGUCAAUUGAUAAACUUGCUCACCGAGCAACCCACAGACAACAUCACCUGUUCGGCGCCAUAUUUCCAAUUGGAAGCCAUCGAAUGCAAUGCUCACAAACACGCGUUACAACUGGAAAUGCAGGAGCAAACAGGAGAGAAAGAGACACAUGAUGGAGCUGUGAAAGUGCUCAAAAUGUGUAAGGAUGCACAGGAAUGCAUCGAAAACUCGUGCAAGUUCACUCCCGUCCAACGGGAUGAGAUUGAGAACAGCUGUGAUGUUCUGGAGUUGACAACGUCUGAUUUCACAGUGUGUAUGAACACAAUCAACAGAAAAAAGCCGGAUUUAUCACGAUUCGAGUGUCUCAAUGAUCACGAUUUUUAUAGCAAAGAUUCGACUGUGAUUUGUGAGAGAUGGAAGAAUAAGAAGGACUGUAUGAGACAAGUGACUGUGGAGAUUUGUGGAAAAGAUGUUAUGAAGAGUGAUGAGAAGUUUUUGAAAAAGUUCUUGAAUAAUUUGAAGUGUGAAGUGUAA